AUACUGAAGAACCCGGAUGUUGUCAAUAGCAACACAACAAGCAAGAUGGCGGACACGGAAAGUGUUGAUACUCACGACACAAGUAAUGAGGCUGGAGACGAUCCGUUACAGGAUUUAACAGACGAACAAUUAUAUCAACUUGUUGAAGACACGCAGCGUGCCAAUGAAGUCCUUCUUACAGAAACGCAAAUGUUUGAGAAAUACCUCAAACGUGUUGAACCAAAGGAUGGAGCUGGAGCAGCAGCUGGCCCUGGUGCCACACCAUCACAGUCUUCACAAGAUCUUGUUCGUAGAGUUGAUAGAAAAAGGUCCAAGUCACGCAGUAGUAACAUUGAUAAAUCCCUGCGGCUCACAGCAGAACAAAAAUGUGACAUUGCCCAAAGAGAAAUUGAUGAACUGAGAGAAGAGAUUGAUAAACUGAAGGAAGAGUCUGAAAAAGUCCUUGAUCUAUACAAGGCAAUAAUGGAGGAAGCUGAUCUUAGACUAGCAGAAACUAAGAAGGAGUCUUAUGAGUUUGACAGAGAUAUAAUGAAAGGUGCAGUCAACCAGUCGUCUGGAAAAGUUGUAGCUGAAAAGAUUGUUAGAUACUUUGAUGAUAAAAUACGAUCCAGGGAUACUUUGAUUGAAAAGUUAAGAUUGAAAAAUUCUACUUUGAAAGUUCAGAAGAAAAAGCUACACCUUCAACUAAAACAGAAAGAGGAGAUGGGUGAAGUGUUACAUGAAGUCGAUUUUAAUCAGCUGAGAAUUGAGAACCAGCAGUAUUUAGAGAAAAUAGACGAGAGGAACCAGGACUUGUUGAGACUAAAACAGAUGGCUGGUACCACAAUACAAGUACUCAACUCAUACAAGAAAAAAUUAUCAACAUUGACACUAGAGUCUGAGAGGUUAAAGUCUGAGAUUACAUCGAGGGCUGAUUUAUUGACUAGAAUUGAUGCCGAAACUACAGUUGUUGAAGCUGAGCGGUCAAAAGCUGAAAAGAGAAAUCGUAAAUUACGUCAACAGUUAGCGGAUUAUCGUGUACCUGAAGUGAUGGAGUAUGUCUCUGAGAAAGCAGAUUUGUACGAAAUACAGAAAAAAGUAAAAAGUUGGGAAAGGAAAGUUGAAAUAGCUGACCUUACACUAAAACAGUGUAGGAAGUUGUGGGGAGGUAUAAGGGUGGAAGAAAGUAGGAAAAUGGUAUUCCAACCAUGGAGUGGGAGGUGGAAUUUUAGGCAACAGCAAAUAAUCAAGAUAAAUCAUGAGGAAAGGAGAGAUGGCUUUAAAGACACACAGAAAGACCUGGCAGCAAAUGAAGAUCAGCCAUGAAAUGGCAAAUCAGUUCCACAUGAUGGAAGCUCAUUGAUUUAUUUUACCUUAUUACAUUUACAAAAUAUAUAUGAUUAUAAUGUACAUAACUUUAAUACCGCAUCACAAUAUAAUGAUUAUCCUUUGUAUAUAAUUAUGUUUCUGUUGAUAAUAAAGUCUGUGAUUUUUUUGUUUGAUAUGUUGGCAUUUUUCCUUUAUUUCCCAUUUGAUAUCAUUUACAUUUAUAUCAUCAUCAGGUUUUAUUCAUCAACUUCAUGUUAUUAUUUAGUCAUAAAUAUAACAACAAAC